CCAUGACUGAUCUUCUCAUGCAAUUCUCUCUUAGUUUUGUUUUGAUCAGGACCGUUGUGAUCUCACGCUCUCUCCUUUGAUAUUCUGAGUAUAAUUCUGCGUACCCUUCUCAUCACCACGGCUGUCUCUUUUUAUAGGAUGUCCAUAACCCUAGUGGAGAUGUCGGAGCUAACACACUUUGCCGUCUAUGUAGGUAUGGGCGAGAAGAAACGCUUUGUGCUUCCAAUUUCAUACUUGAAGGACCAUUCAUUCCAAGACUUGCUAUGUCAAGCCGAAGAAGAAUUCGGAUUUGAUUAUCCAAUGGGUGGGCUUACGAUUCCUUGUCCACAUGACUCCUUCCUGGGCAUCAUAUCUAGAAUGAGUAGUAGAUCUUGAUACACUUUAGACGUUUUUUAGUUUAGUCAUUAGAACAACAUUCCAGAGAUAUAACAUAUUUUUUGUACAGUAUUCUAUUUUUUUCCCCAUCAAAUUGGGAAAUAUAUAUUUUUUGAAAUCUAUGGAAGAUCUAUUUGUUUAUUACUCAUCUAAUAUCUUGAACAUCAUCAAGUGGUUUGAAAUAAAGUCGCAUCAUUAUUCAAGAUCUUACCAAGUAUACAAAAACUAAGAUUCAACAGAUAACUUAUAGCAUAUAUAUUUCUAUCUUUAAUCUCCUGAAGAAAAGAAAAUGGAAGUUGAAUU